UUUUUUUUUAAUUCGGAAACGAAAAUUUUACCAUUUCUUCAAUUUUGUUCUUGUCCUUUUACGCCGUUGAAAUAUUCAGACAUUGCAUGUAGAAGAAACAUUAUUUUAUAAAUUACUGCGGACGGAUCGCGACAUCUGCAAAUUUCUGCAGAUUAAGUCAUUUUCCCUUUCUGAAUUUUAUGUUUUGGUUUUUUACUUUUGAUGGAUGAGAAAAACUGAUAAUGAAUUGAUCAUUUCGAUAACUUUUGAUUUUCAAGUGGCGUUACCAUUUUUGUCGAUCAUAAACUAUCAUGAGAAAAACCAUUGACUGGCAUCACUCAUAUGGCAUCCAUGGAAAGUGGUUCCUGGACACUUAAUCCACAGGAACAACCUCAGGUGCGUGACAGCACAAAAAUUGGUAUAGAGGGUCUUACUGAAUUAGAGAAACCAGCUUUGAUACCUGGACUUCCAGAUGACAUUGCAUUUUCUUGCUUGGCGAGAGUUCCAAGGAAGUACCAUCCAGUUCUUAACUGUGUUUCCAAGAGAUGGAGAGAGUUAAUCUGUGGUGAAGAGUGGUACUUGUACCGGCUGAAUCAUCAUCUGGAGGAGACUUGGGUUUAUGCUUUAUGCAGAGACAAGUUUGAGCAACUUUGCAUGUUUGUGUUGGAUCCUAACCAAUUGAAAAAAGGUUGGAAGAGGAUUCAUGGCCUUCCAGGUUGUUGCUUGAAGAGAAAAGGUGUUGGGUUUGAAGUGUUGGGUAAGAAAGUUUACCUGUUUGGAGGCUGUGGUUGGAUUGAGGAUGCUACAGAUGAUGUCUAUUGCUAUGAUGCUACAAUGAGUACAUGGACUAGAGCGGGUUCUUUAUCGACCCCUAGGUGUUUUUUUGCAUAUGAAGCUUUAGAUGGGAAAAUCUAUGCUAUAGGUGGGCUUGGAUCAACAUUGAGUGAUCCGCAUUCCUGGGACAUUUACGACAGCCAUACAAAUUGCUGGAGUUCACAUGUAGAUCCAAAUGUAAUUCCAGAUAUCGAAGAUUCAAUUGUGUUGGAUGGAAAGAUUUAUAUUAGGUGUGGUAUUUCAGCUGUAUCCUCUCAUGUGUAUGCUGUUGUAUAUGAGCCGUCUAGCGGUACCUGGCAGCAUGCUGAUACUGACGUGGCAUGUGGUUGGCGCGGUCCAGCAGUUGUGAUAGACGGCGUCUUAUAUGUAUUGGACCAAACUUCGGGUGUGAGACUGAUGAUGUGGCAGAAGGAGGCUCGAGAGUGGAUGGCUAUAAGAAGACUGUCAACACAUCUCAUAAUCCCACCUUGUCGACUUGUGGCAAUUGGUAAGAAAAUUUUUGUUGUUGGGAAAGGACUUAGCACAGUAAUGUUUGAUGUUGAGAGUGCAGGUUGUGUGGAUGGUGUUUUAGUGAGUUCUUCUCUGAAAUUGACUUCUGAUGAUGAAGUAAUAAGUUGCAAAACCCUUGCUGUUUGAGAUUCUCCUGUAAACUAAUCGUGUAAACUAUACAUGACUUUCUUUCCUGAUAAACUUGUUAAGAACACAUACUGAGCUUGUCCAGAAACGACAUGACAUUGUGGGAAGGGAAUGGUUCCGUUAUUUUUUA